AUGGCCUGUCCCACGCAAGCAGGUGGCCACAGAGCGGGACCGCGUCGCAUGACUGACCCUCUGAGCAAGGCGCUGUCACGAGGACGUGGAGGGUCACAAGACUUGAUCUCUCAGUGUUCCCUCAGGAAUGAGCACCCUUCAUGUCUUCUCUUUCCAGGUGCGCUGCUGGUCUACACGCUUUCCGUCUACGACCUCGCGCAGUCUCGCGCGAUCUCGGAGCACUCCACGUUCACCGUGUCUGCGAACCACUGCGGGCCGUGUUCCAGCACCAUCUUGAGGACGUCCCCGUGCGAAGACCUUCGCCAGCGACUCAUCACAUCCUGCUCCUACAUUUUUCGACAUGGGUUAUCGGAUGUGUUGAGGCACUUUACUACCCUCCUGCGAGAAGAGUAUCAUCCAUUUAGUAACCAGGAUCUCACAUUAACAGACUCAUGCUCUGCAUAUAGGAUGCUGACCGAAGCCUCCUUCAGACUCCGCAGAGCUGAAGCCUUUGUUCCGACCUGGCAUUCGUCACUUUACGCGUUCGGUCACAGCGCAGAAGAACCGUUAUGUCUCUUGAAAGCCAUGUUGGAGGAUCGCGUGAACAUUAACUCCUGUAACUGCACGAUUGUACGAGAGGAGACCGCCUCCAGUUGGACAGAGUCGUUUGUACAAGCAUUCGACGAUGUUCGCACAGCACGCUACAUGAUCAGGCAGGUGAGGGACCACGCUGUGUUGAACAGCAGUCAGUUCUGCCAACCGUCGGCGACCCAGCUGCACCCCACGAGCCCUCCAUGACGGCUGUGACGCAAGCCAAUCAGCAAAGACGUUACAUUUCCUCAUUUCCUUUCUUUACUGCAGCAGUGAUUGUAAAGGUUGCUAACACCUGAGUGGGGAUUGUCACCUUGGGCUGCUGAUGUACAUUUGCUCCUUCAUUUGUUCUUAAGUGUUAAAUUGUCGUUGCAAGAUAUGUUAUACACUAUUGCAGCAGUUGCCCCAACAUCUGUGUUACGAUAAUAUGUCCAUUACCAUGACCUGAGAUGCUAAAACUACGUUUAUUUGUCAUAAAUAAUAAUGUUACUCUUCUAACAUCAGUUUCUUCCUGGUAUUCCCUAUAUUAAUCAUAAGUCAUUUGUAAAGCAGCACAACGUGCUCUUAAGACACUUUCAUCCAGUUUCGCAGUACACGACUUUGUUUAAAAAAAAAAAAGUGCGUUCUUAUUAUGAGCAGUCUUUUGUAAUAAGAACGGGUUUAUCAAAAGCUGCAACACAGUAUUGGUCAGCGCGUUUAGAUUGGUACAUUUUUUGCAGCUAGUUGAACAGCAAUGUAAAAAUAAAUGUUAUUUACUAACAAUUACCAUACAGUUAAUCUUUUAUCCAUGAUAUUUGAUUGUCACAUUAUUUCUUACAUAGAACGGCAGUACUAUUGUCUGGCAUAUGAAAACAAUUUGCUUCUCAUGCAAAUAAAACAUUUGGCAUGCAUGGCAACUGCUUACUCUAAGAAAUGAUCCAGGCUGCAUUGAUAGAAGUCUAUUAGUAUCAAAUGUAAAUAAAGACAUCACGCAUUUGAAAUCUGACUAGUUUGGUGUGCAUGUAUACUGGUCAUCAAAAAAAAUUAAUGAUGCUUUCUUCCUAACUGGUCUAUUAACCCAUGGCUGUGUUAUCUGAUUUUAGAUGCAAAACUUUGUGGCACAUG